CUCCUAGGGACCUCUGAUGAGCUCGAUCAUCGAAUUUGCAUCGAACGAACGUAUGUAAAUCAUUCUGCCUGCCUGCCGUUUUCCAUUUCGACUCAUCGAAUCGAUACGAUGCCCACGGCCUCUCCGCAGCCACAGAAGACUAUGUAGACCCUAGCCUCCCAGAGUGCCUUGGGUCAAACAUCGAGUGUCUUCAUACAUACGAGGAGAACGUGAUGCAGAGACUUGUAACAGAGCUCAGGGUAUGAUUUACGGUGAUCGAAGUGGAUAGGGAGGUCAAUCCGUGGUGUCGUCUCCAACCAGUAGGACUCCCACAGGCCUCGUGUCACGGCCGUAGCCGACGACCUUGGGCAUAGAAUUCACUGCGAGUCAUGCAGGCGCCGGAACGUCCCAAGUCAAUCCCACCACGCGUAUGUACUCAAAAGUGUCCUACUCCGGGCGGCGCGGUGAGUCUCAGUCCUCACUCGAACACCGUCUAUCCGCUUUUUCUAUUGUGUUGUAUCGGAAUAUGCGCGUUGUCCAGCGAAGUGUGACGUCCUCUGCCUCCUGCGUCCAGGUCGACCCGUCCUUCGGCAAUCUAUCUAGAUCGACUUCAAGACAGUGCGUGUCCAAGGUUUUCCUGCCCCUGCCUCGCAGGUACGACAUCCACGACGCGUCGGCUACUGCCAUGCCACACCUACUAUGGGAUCUUUUUCAGGCAAGGUCGUCACCGGCUCUGCAAGGUUCGAUAUUGGUGCCAGAUAGUUGUCCGAGCUGCAGGGUCGAAGGAUGUGAAGAGCCGGGCACCAUGGUGUUGUCGCGCGUAAAACCCAAUAUCGCCGCCGCACGGCAGCCGUCGCUCAUCGCAAGCAUAGCCAAUGGCAGCGCCCGAACAAAAGCAAGCCCGAACGUCGGCGGCGCGGACAACGUACACACAACGCUGGCAAAACUGAAUGUUCCCGGAGGGAGUCGAGCCCUCGUCUCCACGGUUUUGCGUCCUCCCGCUCGAGGACACCACAACGUGAUGAUCUGACCACUAAUCGACGGGAACCGUUGCAGAAACCCGUCUUGUCCCCGGGAUAUGGGGGUGUGCCGAGCGCCCUUGGUGAUGCGGGCACAGGUUGCGGCCGGUCGGCAUCUAUUCCCCUUCCGGGGACGUUGAUUGCUCUCGACAGUCGCGGUGCGGCGACAGAGG